GACAGUGCCAAUGUGCUAACUAUAAAAAAUUUUCCGAGCUCAACUACUAACGUUUUUCCGUUUUUACCGAUUUCAUAAAACUUCGUAAAAAAUUACUUUUGGUUUUUUAAUGACAACAUUAUCAUUAACUGUCCUUGUAAAUAGCAAUUUUAAUAACAUCUCUGACAAAACAAAACAUGUAUUAUGUAGAAUGUUGCAAGCUGUUGCUGACAUAACGUUUACCAUGUGUUGUUAAUUAUUUAAAGUUUAAAGAAAAACAGAGAAACAAAGAGAGUUUCAUAUGCGUCAUGAAGCUAGGGAUGUUAGUUUUGUUUAUAUCUUCUUUCAAUGCGUGGUAUGUCAACGGGAAAUGUCUUAAGCAGCCCUUCACAUUAUUCAAAUCGUACUUCGAAGUGCACACAUUAAAUGAAGAGGAGUGCGUCGAAAAAUGCGAUAGUAAUCCUCUAUGCUAUGCAGUAACAUGCAAAUCUGAUGAAUUAGCACCAGAUGGAAACAAUUGUUUUCUGCAUCGAACAACUAUCAAAUUACAGAAAAAAUAUCAUGGAUACACUGGAUAUAUCUGCAAGGAGGAUUGCCAAAAAGAUGGUCAACGAUUCACCAGUCAAAUGCAUCAAAUAUCACAAAGUUGCAAGAAUUGCACGUGCACGCUUCUUGGGCAGGUGGCAUGCCAAGACGUUCAAUGUCAAACUACCUUGGAAGAUUGUGUUGAUCCACAAGUUAAAAUAACGUAUUAUGCGUCAAUAAGUCCAAAAUGUCUUUGCAAAAAACAAGUUUGUAGCGUGCCAGGGAGUUUUACCAUUAAGACUAUCCGAAAUCGAAACGUGCUUCUAACAUGUUCAAUUCGAAAUGUGCCUUGGUCAUUUGAGGGUAAAAAUAUUCAAAAGAGUAAAAAAUACGCGAUGAACGAAACCAGCCUAAUGAUAAGAAACAUAGAAUACUCGGAUAACGAAACAUACACCUGCAACGAUGGCAAAUUGUAUUUUCUAAGAGUGAUUGAAGAUAAGACCUUAUCUCUUGAUCAGAACACCAAACAGAGGAAAAGUAUUUCAAAAAUUGUAUACAUUGUGGUUCCUAUAGUGGUGGUUGUUUUGAUUGCGGUUGUAGUGAUGUUAUUCUUCGCUAAAUACAAACAUAACCAAAGCAAAGAGAAGAAGGAAGCUUGGAAUAACAAUGAAUCACUAAUUAAAAGAAAAGAAGCUGCCUACGUUGAGCUCACAGGUGUAGGGAAGGAGAGUGAGUAUUCAAAACUAAACGCUAGUACAUUGUCAGGCUCGGGAAAUGAACCUCACAUAACGAAUGCAUGUGGUUACGAAGUUUCUCCUGAGUUGGUUGAAGAUGAAACUGGAAAAGAUGGAAAAGGUUUCAUUCAGUUCGAAGCAAGGCAAGAAGGUCUUCAAGAUUUAGAAAAAUCAACAAAGCAAUAUAUUGAUUUACCACCAUAUAUUAGUGCAGAGGAAAACAAAAGCACAAAUAAAUUUGCUGGUUACGAAAUAUCGCCUGAGCUGGUGAAGGAAAGUUUUUGAAAGUUCGGCCUGAAGUAAAGACUGAAGUCGUGUCUUUGAAUAACUGAAGAUAUAAAAUUCAAGUCAAUCAUGAACAGACUGCGUACUCUCUUAUUUUGGCUUUAUUUUUGAGCAGUAUUUUCCAGCAUUCCAGAGCUUAAUGGAUACUGAUGUACAAGAAGCCAAUGGACUUUAAGAUUACCGUCAUUAGAAUAAAGGUAAAAGUCUACUUCGAUCUUUUAGCACGUCGGUUUAAGGAGCACACAGCACAGUGCUCAAUAUUGUGCUAUAUGUUUAUGAGCGCUGAAAAAGCUGCAGGUGUACAAUAAUUAAUUUUGACCAAUGAGUUUGCUUGAAUCACCGCAAUUUUUAGUAUGUGCUCGCAUUUUUUUUGUCAGUAAACUUGGUGCUGCUAGGACGCACGACCGCACCGCGUCGCGCUAUGUACAUCGUGCUUUGCGAUCGAAGUGGAUUUUUGCUUUAAUAGAUGUUUUCUUACUAGAACAACUAAAGUCUAACCUGUCCCUUUUUUAGCCUGAUUUUAGCCUGUAGUAACGCAACUUUUAUUUUUACUUAUGGAUUUUUGAACAAUACAAUCAGCUACGUCACAAUUGCACUGAAAAAUAAAUACGUGACGACAUUUUAAAUAAAAAAAGAUUUCGAAAUGUUGAUAAUUAAUUACUUCUAUAUGAAAUUGCUUUGUGAAAAAAAGAACAUCAUUCAAAGCCGUAGCAAAAAACAAAAUUGUUUUUGUUAUAGAUUUCGUUCGGGAGUUAUUAACCCUCGGACCUCGAAGCUAUUCUAUUGGGGUCGCAGCAAAGGGGAGGUACUGGCAUGUUAGCUAUAACCCGUGACCUCUUAUCUUUGAGAUAUCAAAAUAUAGGCAAGUAAACUGAAAUUUCUAUUGGAUUUCAAAAUUGCUUAACAGUGAAUGAGAUAAGUAUAUCAUAAAGUCAACAAGAAGAAAAAGUCAAAACAAAUAAAUAAAUAAAUAAUGAAAUGGUUAAACGUCAUUUCGUGGUACAAUCACUUAAGAAAGCAUUAAAUGAAGCUGAAUUAUUUUAAUAUUGUAUAACGGUUAUUGAAAUUAAAAUUAGUUUUAUAAUUUUGUGUUUAGCUCAUGCAUAUUCAGAACCUUUUGUAAUUUACAACUGAUUUGCUUUCGUUUGCCAGAUCGAAAGGUAGAUGUUCUUCUCAAUAACACCAGCGCACUCAAGAAUGAAUUGAAAUGUAAGAUUAAGACACCAGUC